ACGCAUUCACAAAUAGCUACAAGUUUUACUUUCUCUCGCAGCAGAUUUCGUUGUUGGUCGGAACCAGGAGCGUGCUUUUGUUAGACAAGACAAUAAUGUUUCUAUACAGGUUACUUUUUUCAUGUCAAAUUAUUUCGUUUUUAAUUCCCUGUCACGUAGAGGCGAGCAUCACUCCUUCUGCAACUCCAAGUUCAAAUUUUUCGUUCAGCACCAGAGCAACAGCAAAUUUCUCGAGUCCCACAAUGCAGAUUUCCAUGACAGCUGCCGAUACAAAGACAAGUGUUAGUCAGCUGCUCGAACCUUCCUCAACAGCAAUGUCCGUGCCGUCUUCAUCAGUUUCCACAUCAACAUCGCCGCCGCCAUCCGAAGGUGCUCAGGAAGCAGUAGUGUUGACUGUAGCUAACAUGACAACAGUUCAGUUCAAUGAGAAGGAAGACGUCUUUAUUAACACCGUGAAAAAAGCUGUGGACAGUUAUUGCUCAGCACCAACACGAACAUGUAGUGAAGCAAGUCGAAAGAGACGAGCCAUAACUGCUAAUCAAGUCUACAUAGCGGACGGAUUCCCCAAACAAAGCUCCUUCAGCCCAAGCGAUCUACGUGUGGCAGUUUUCGCGUCAACAGGAGACAACAAAUUCUUAUCAAGGAGCACUCUCUUGAACGUCAUUGUAGAGUAUCAAGGAAACCUCAGUAGAGCGCUGGACAGGAGAAUCACGGGCGUGGCUCGACUGAACCUUGACGUGUACACCUUUGGUCCAACUGAAUCUCCUGGCACUUCUGGAAAGACAAAACUUCUUUAUAUCUUCUUUGGCGCGUUCUUUGGUGUAGUGUUUUUAUUGGGGGUGUGCAUUUGCGUGACUUGCUGGAUUGGCCGCAGAAGUGAGCGAGAAAAUGAUGUCAGACCUCUGACUACAAGUAAUUUAGAACUCGUUGACAAGUGAUGGAUCGCGCUGAACAAUCUUGUGGUGUUCUACAUAAUGGUAAAAGUAAUGUAUAAAAUAAUUAAGGAAUUGUAAGUAAGUUUAUUGUAGGAAAUCUAUGUAAUUAACUUAAGGUUUUUUGUAUUCCUGUGUAUACCUCUUAUUAACCUUGUCUUCUCGGUUCGUUCUGUAAGUAAUGGACCGAGUUUUUUUCCCCUUCGAUUUAUGGCCCAGGCGCGAAGCGCGCGGGCCAUAAAUAGACGGGGAAAAAUGAGGAUCCGUAACUUGCGGUACGGACCGAGAAGACGAGGUUAGUAAGACAUUUAUUAUAUCUCUUAUGUGUAUCCGACGGGUUCGGGAACGAUUUUUAUUCACGCGGAACGGGUUCAAACUUCUGACGCACGUCGAAUGCAAAACGAGUCAAUUUGAAAUCGUUGUUAAGUCGUAACACGUUUUACUGUAAUACACAAUUAAAGUAAAAGAAAGUUUUAAACUUUUACUUGCUAUAAAAGUUAAGAACACUUGGCAAUAAAUCACGAAACAUUUUGGCAACAAAAUCAGCUUUAAAUUUUUGCAGGCUCUACAGUAGAAUUCAGCCCACUAAAUUUGACCAAUCACAGCGCGCUUAGUAAGUGGAAGAUAUAAUAGAAAGUCAAAAACCUUGCGGCGCCAUCAUGGAAAAAAUGUAUAAAUGCUCAACCUCGUUCCCAUGACCCUUUCCCUUCCUUGGUGAAGUAAGGCCAUGGGAACGAGGUUGAUAAAUGCUUAGUCAUUGAUAUAAAUAUAUACUUGCUAUUCAUCUGUAAAUCGCAUCGCCCAUAUCUCGAAAAGAUGGUUAGAAAAUACAGCAUAAAAUAUAUUCUGUAAAGUGAUGGUCGAAGCCGUCCUUAAGUCUUAAGAAAUAAACAAAGAAAGAAACCUUAAUGAAACAUUGAGAAGUGCAGGGUAGGAUUAUUGUAAGUAGUUUGCCAUAAAGUAUUCCCCUGUUGUACAACUGAUGGCGUAUGUUGUGUUAGUGGGGUAAUGUAGCGUGUCGCUGAUUGGUAGAUCGCUUGCAAUCUGUUUUCAUAAUCGACUUUCUGUUUCAAUGUAACCGUUUCGUCCUCUGUCUCUGGCAACACGGCUGCGGCGUGUGUGGCAUCGAAAUACUAGUCAGAGCUCAUGAAAUUUUAAUUCUGAGGUCUUUUAUUUAUUACAUUUUAAGUAAAUGUCGGACCCCUUAGCGUGUUUGCUGUGUCAUUGGUGAAUGGUCGUGAACAAUAUUGUUAAGUACUUUGCAGAUUUUUUACAAAAUAAACAAUUAGAAAAGCAGACUUAGUCCCAGAUUUUGCGACGGUAUCACUCAAACUAGAUGAAGGAAAAAUGAAUAAAUUUCUUGUUUGCUUGUUUGUUUUUUA